GAUUAUUAAAACAAUUUUUUCCCAUUUCAAUACAGAUGAUCUACUGAUCUAGUAUAUAGGCUUAAAUCCGAAUCCGAUUAAUUGCCCUGUAAGUUUAGUCACCGGUGAUUCUAUAUACUCUGUUUCCGUAAUUCUUGUAGUCCCUCAAUCCUAAGCUCCAACUCUCCAACUCAUUCUUACUCAUUUUCCACUUUUCCAGUCAUUUGGGUUUGUAGAUCAAUAUUCAAAUCUUGCAAUUGCACCAGGGAUCACUACUCCGACCAAGUUUUUCGGUUGAGAAUGUUUUGAUAUCUAAUGUGAAUAAUAGAGGGCAAUUCAUUAGCCAAUUGGUGUUUUUGAACAAUAAGAAGUCUAUCAGCUAUUUAAGUUCUCAAAGGAAUGAUUGGAAUUAUUGUUAUGCAAAUUUGAUUUUUAUAAUUCAUGACUGUUUCCCCCUAUUAUGAAUUUGCUAACUUCGUGGUCGAUUUAUUGUAUGAUUUGAAGAAUUUGCGGUCAAGUUAAAAUUCUUAUGUUGUCAUUUAUGGAAUUAGGAUUAUAUUGCUUUCAACAUCGUCCAACAAACAGUUUUUUCUUUGUAGAUUAUUGAUAAUUACAUUUCUGAAGCGUAGCAGUGAUUUGGGGGACUUCAGUGAGGACAGUGACAAAUUGAACUCCGUGUGAGUGCAAUGGAGAGUCCUAUUAAUGAUGAUAUGGACUCUCUGUUUGAGGGAAUGGUUUUAUUUACUCCCCAAGUAGUUGAUAAGCAUAAUGAUAAUUCUUCUAUGAAAAACGGUGACACAUCAGCUUUAUCUUCAGCACCUUCACCAUCAUCUCAACCCCUUGAUGAAAACCUAUUCUCUGAUCUAACUGUCAUCACUCCUUCCCAUGUUGAAGCAAUUGUGACUGAGACAUUGACACCAUCAAUUAAUCCUUCUGUAAUGACAACAAGCACAAUGAAGUCUGAGCCACAAGCAGCUCCGGCUGCUACUAUGUUUCGGCAAAUAUCUAGAAAGAAGAAAAGAGCUGGUUUAAGGAUUGGGUAUGGGAGGGAUUUACAACACACUGAUGAUCUAGAGCCUUUGCAAAAUUCUUCUGAAUUAUCUCCUGAUAAUGAAAACUCUUUGGCAACUGCCACCAUGUCUGUCAAUACUAAUUUGAAUACCAAAGCUGAUGAUAAUUUAGAAGUCCCUUCUGUCUCUUCUCAUCCUAGCAAAAUGCUAGAAGUUGAUUCUUGUCCAGUCGAACAUGAAACUGAAUGUAUUCCUCUUGGUUCAGACGAUAAAGUAGAAUAUCAAAUUAAUACAGAUAUGCCUUGCGAUUUGACUGGAGAGGGAAAUAUUGCCUUUUCUUCUCUGGAUGCUAAAGAACUUCCUACCAUCCAGAAGCAAGAAGAAGAAGAGGAAGAAGCAAAUUUUGAUUCUGUGGAGGUGAAAUAUGAACAUGUCAAGGCUCAAGUGUCUGAGAAGCUGAGACAAGCUCGAGACCAGGCUUUAUCUAUAUCUGCAGCAAGGAAGGAUUCUAGAAGGAGGAGACGAAAAGCUGCCGAGAAUGUUGAACUAGCAUCUUUAAGGUUCAAGGAAAUUGAAAAGGAUCUUGAAGAAGCCUGUGAGGCAGAAGACUUUGAAAAGGCAGAACGCCUCAGUGAGAACCUUGUGGCUGCUGAAAAGGAAAAAGAAUACAUGUUAAAUGCACUAAAAGAUGCCGAGGCUGAAUGUGAUACUAUUGAUUCGAAGAUGGAGGAAGCACUGAAAGAUCAGAUUGCUGCUGAGGAAGAAUGUGUCUCUUUGCUACACCGAUUUUCAGUGGAUGCAGUGAGCAAUGCCGAUGUGAUUUUGGAAAAUGUUGAGGUCGAUUCUUCAAAGGAAAUGGAUGAAUGGUUUAUGUCUGUUGAAGCUGCGGAGACAAAGAAGUUGGAAUUAGAAAUCGAGUCACAGUUAGUAAAUGAAGCUCGUGCAGCAUUGGCUGACUCAAUUGAGCAUUUAGUUGAAAAUGAUAUUAAGGAAAAAAAAUUCCUUUGUGAGAAAAAAAAAGUUUUGACACAAGAGUUAGAAGAACUUUUACGUUUGGUGCAGGAAAAAGAGGCAGAGAUAGCUAAAAACGAUUCUGAAAUUGAAGCAGCUGACAAAAAGAUAGCUGAAGUAGCUGCUGGUUUCAAGGAUCUCCAAACAGGAAUCGAUUCCAAGUUUGAGAAUUUGCAGAAUGUACUCUAUCAAAUGGAAUCAGAACGUCAAACUUUAUCAGAAAGGAAGGAAAAAAUUGAUUUUCUCAUUACUCAGGGAAAGAACCGUGAGAAAGAACUUAGGAAGCUUGCAAUGGAUUGUGAAGAUGAAGCCAACAUGUACCAAGAAAAUCUUAGACUCAGGAAAGCUUUGGUGAUAUCAGUUCUUAAAGUUAGAGAAGAAAAAUUAAGGCUUGCCCAAACAGAGGAGAAAAUUUUGGCUGAUACUCAGAUGCUCAAACAGGAUAUUUCUGCUGCAAGAGUUGAUCUUCAGGAAUUAUCCUCCAAUAAAUCAAGCAUCCAGCAAGAGUGUGCUUCGAUAAAACAAAGAAUGUUUUUUAUUGACAAAAGGAUACCUGAGCUUGAAUCAGAGAAGAAAGUUGCUGCAUCUGCCAGAAAUUUUAAAGAAGCGGCGCGUAUUGCCUCUGAAGCCAAGUCAUUGAUGGCUGAAAAGGAAAUUUUGCAGAGUAAGAUGGAGCAGUCUGUGUCAGAACUCGGUAAAAUUGAGGAGGGGAUUCAUGAGACUACCAGGAAAUUGUAUGAGAUUGAAGAACUAGUAUCAUCAAAGGAAAAAGAGGCAGCAGUGGCCAGAUUUCAGAGGCUACAUCUUAUUUCUGCUGCUAUUUCAUGUGAAAGAUCAGCUGCAUUAGAGCUGGGUGAUCUGGAAGAAGCUAAUGUGCUUCUUGCAGAAGCCGAGGCUGCAGAUUCUGAAGCAAAACAACUUCAGUUGUUACAUGAUAUUAACACAACAGAACUUGGAAGUCUAACUGAGCAGAUUAUCUCCAUGGAGUUUGUUUCUAGUCUUGAUGGGAAGCAGUUGGAAGAAUUAGCCACAGGUGGUAACCAAAUUCCCUCUUGAUGUUGUAAAUGGACCUGGUUGCUUGUAAUUUUUGUAGGAUAUUCAAGUUGCAAAGGAAUAUUGGAAAUUUUUUCCUCCAAUUAUGAGAUGGUAUUCAUCCAUUUUUUAGAAGUCCAGUUGUUCCUGGAUUCAUGCUACUGUAUGAUUUUACUCCGAUGAGAACUGCGCAUUACUGCUUUGAGCUUAUGUAUCAUGGACUAUCAAUAUGAGGUAUUUUGAGGUUCUCUGUGAGAUUUCUGGA